AGUGUAUCUGUGGACGUCGGUCGCGCGUGUGCCUGCGAGGUUGUGCGAGUCGUAUGGAAUCAAUUUGAUCUAAAUUUCGGAUGACUUGUAGACGAAAAUAGUGUAGUGAAAAUGAUAUUGCUAAUUAGGUAGAACGAACGCAAUAACCAUAUUUUUGAACCAAAUAGGUGUUUAUUUUGUGUUAAGUGUCAGUAUUCAGUGAGUAUUAUGAACUUUGAGGACUAUGAAACGCUGCCGACCCAGAACCCCGUGACACACAUGACGGCCGGGGCCGUGGCGGGCGUAAUGGAGCACUGCAUCAUGUACCCGCUCGACUCCGUGAAGACGCGGAUGCAGUCGCUCCGGACGGCCCACAACAGCUCCAUAACGGAGACCUUCAGACACAUGGUCCGGCGGGAAGGCUUGCUCAGGCCGAUCCGCGGCAUGUCAGCAGUGGUGCUCGGCGCCGGGCCCGCGCACGCGUGCUUCUUCGCCACCUACGAGCACAGCAAGCACACGCUCGCGCACCUAACAAGGCAUAGGCACGACCACCUCACACACGGGUUGUCCGGGUGUCUGGCGUCGCUAGUACACGACGCAGUCUCCAAUCCGGCAGAAGUGGUAAAACAACGACUGCAGAUGCUGAACUCGCCCUACAGAAGCGUAUGGGAGUGCGCGCGGCGGAUUUACAAGGCUGAGGGGAUACGGGCCUUCUACCGGUCCUACGGCACGCAGGUCGUCAUGAACGUGCCCUUCCAGUCGCUCCACUUCGUAACGUACGAGUGGUGUCAGACGCUGGUGAACCCGUCGCGCAAGUACGACCCGCGCGCGCACGCGCUGUCCGGCGCCUGCGCGGGCGCGCUGGCCGCCGCCGCCACCACGCCGCUCGACGUGUGCAAGACCGUGCUCAACACACAGGAAGUAGCGGCCCGCGCGGACGGGCUGGCGCAGGCGGCGGCGCUGGUGCUGCGCGCGACCGGCCCGCUCGGCUUCUUCAAGGGCGCCUCCGCCCGCGUGCUGUACCAGAUGCCUGCCGCGGCCAUCUGCUGGCUCACCUACGAGACCCUCAAGCACCUGCUCACCACAGAGACCCGCGAGGAGACCCACGCGGCGGGCGCUCCCGCAGCGCCCCUCGUCGGCGCCGCGCUGCGGCUCGCCGCCGCCGACGUCAGCCCCGCGCCGCUCACGCGCACGUAGCCAUCCCCACCCCACCACACCCCCACCACCACCAACACCGACACAACACUCCAUAGCCGACACGCCGGUUAAACUGACUACACUCCGCGUUUAAGCUAAAGAUGCACGUUGGUGAAUCAUCUAAUCUAAUCUAUUUGGAGAUCCAACAGCUGUCACGUUAACAUAAAAAUUAUAGUAGAUACAGGAAGCCAAUUAUAGGAACUCACAAUUUAAUAAAAAUCAUUGGUGCAUUUGGCACCGAAGACCCGAUCUGGUAAAAUUCCUAAAUUUGUGUGGCGCCAUAUUUUUUGAAAUACAUUGAAUACCAGGCCCAGUGCCCGCUAGGCGCUAAUGGUUCAAAACCCACAACUCGAACAUACAACCAGUCGUAAUCGUUAAUAGUUAACGUUAACGCCAAUUAAAAAGCUAACAAAUUAAAAAUGACCACGUGAUUUUUCAUUUCCAUCUGUGUUAUUUCAGUAUAAUAUUAAUAAUUGCCACAGUAGCUAUUCCUCUAAUCCCGACUUCGAUCCUGAUAUAAAACAAUAUAUUGUCACCACCAAACCUUCAUCGUAAGUUAUUUCUCCAUAGUUGUCGCGGCGCUGUUGUUUUGUUUGAAUUUGAUAUUCGUCUGUGAUGUUGUUUUUUUAAUGAAGUGUUAGUGUUUACGAAUAAAAUUAUGUGGUGAGCGCUUGUUUAAUGUGAGCUUGUAAGCCGAUCGACACGCCGAAUACAAUGAAAAAACUAUCACUUUUAUUGGACUUAUAAAAUUCGGCUUCAUUGAUCGGUAUUUUUAAUUAUGAUCGAUCAACUAAAUUUUCGUAUUCCUACGCUUGAAGGUGAGUGUACCUUAAGUUAGUAUAAAGUAGAGACGAAUACAUAAUAAGAACUGCUAAUCGUCAUACAAAAUUGCACUCCUUAAAACAUUAUGAACGCUAUGUAAACAUUAUGUUAAAUAAUAUGUAUUAAAAGUGUUGAAAUUGCUUCAAUUUAGGAAAAAUCUUAAUAUAUUUUGAAAUGCAACUUGUAUGAAGGUUAGUUGUAUGUAGUUGUCUCUAGUAUAAAAUAAGCACGACGCCAGUAUUAAGCAUCGCCACUCUUUCACGUCAUUCAUAAAAUGUUGUCAUUUACUCACAUUGAGCAAGUUAUAACCCUUCGUAGCUGAAGACAAAAUGACGUAAGCACCACUACAUCUGUUACGCCAUUUUGCCUUCAAAUGCUGUGAUGUUUGAACCUAUAUUAUAAUAAAGCUGUUUUAUAUAUGCUUUUGCUAUUUUCAAGUAGUUUAGCAACGCUUCAGAAGCGUUUUAAAACAUUACGCGCGGUUGAAAUUUAAAUUUUACCUGCGCAAUAAACGCCAGAUCGAGUCAAUUGAAUUUGGACUAUAUUUUGUACGGCGGUAGGGCUAGAGUUGCGUGAUACGGAACCGCUGGCGGUUUAAUAGUUAUCGCUAUUUCAUUAAUUUUAUUGGCACAAAGAACAUUUAAAAAGGGUUUUACAGAAAAAAGUGUACCAUUACUUUUUACCGAAAAACUAACAAAUUUUGGGCAAUUUUUAAAUUACUCAGAAUCACGACGACUAUUGAUUGAUAUUGAUAAAAAAAAUUGACCCAGUUUUCCAUACCUACAAUAUUUUUAGAGGAGUAAGUUAUCCUAUAAAGGAUCACUCAGUCGUGCGUCGUGCAAAUCGUUUUAAUACGUUUUUUUUAUGUUUGACGCUCUUCACAUACAUUUUUGUAACAAGACUAGCAAAAAUUUUGGGAUAUUUCAAAAAAGUAAAUGGAAAGUACACUUUUUUUUAAAGCCUUAAACAAGAGGCGAGUAAAGUGGUGUGCAGCUCUAGUCGUGCCGCGACAGUGGGCGACCACUUUAAACGACACGAGUCGUCCGAGACGACGGAUCGAAACAGCCGCAAGUGCCCGUCUACUAAUUACUAAUAUAUAUAAAUACGUUGUAUAAAUCAGUAAGUAAGCGAAGUGUACAUAGUUCCAAGUGUUACCAUGUAAAGUUAAAUUCAUUUGUUAGAGUUUAGUUGAGCGAUUUGGGAAAAAUGUCUCGUUAAUGGUAAGCGGCGGCGAGUGAAACCGACAGUUUUCUUAGCCGAUUUUUCCGAAAGGUCUAUACUAUGAAGAGAAGUAAAUAUUAUCAUUUAUAAUAUAUGAAAAUAUUCAUAAUACAUCUGUCGGGAUUUUGCCGCUUAAAUAGUUGGUUGUGAUACGGAAAAUUUGAUUAAUAACUGUGCAAAGUCUACAUUCUAGAGUAAAACGGCCCUAUCAUAAAAAACUUUAGAAGUGUACAAGUCGACAAUAAUGUUACGUUGUAGAUAAUGUGCUACAUGCACAAUUAUUACAUACAUAUCAGAUCUACAAGUUUACAAUCUUAAAAAAAUUCCCACAACAACGCGUAAUACAAAACAUGGUGCUUAUGUCAAAUAUAGAUUUAAUCCUACAAUUUACAUAUUUGUUAAAAAUAAAUAAUACAAAUUUGUCGCCUACUAUGUUUUCUGGUACACAAACUUGUUAAAUCUACAAUCUUGUCACUUGUAAAUUGUAAUUGUAAGUUUUUUGAAAUAGGGCCCUGGUCUUUAUGAAUUUUCCAUGGAAAAUGACUAGUUUAUGUAAUAUGGACUAGUGGCAUCAGGACAGUAAUAUGUAUAUCAAUUCCUAAUACAAAAUGUAUGACUUCAAAAAGUAAAAUUGUACACCACUUAAGAAAUAAAAUAGAAUUUAACUAAAUACCGUUACCAUGUGUUACCUAAAUUUGGUCAACGGCAUCUAGUGAAGCAUUUUUUUAUUCUUGUUGGACUUUUCACAUGUUAUUUCCGUUCUCCGUGGCUGUAAGGAUAUUUGGUGAUGGUUUAGGCACAAGGUAUGUAAUAUUUGCCCUUUUCAAGACCCUUUCCACAUUGAAAUGGGGAAUGUGCUUGAAUAGGGACGCCGUUUAUUUCAUAAGGAAUAAUUUGUGAUUCCGUGCUAUUCAAAAAAAAGUUGGCUUGUAAAAUCGUGAUAUUAAGCUCAGUUGUCUGGCAAAAAAGAGUAGAAAUUAAAAAGUGGCAACACUGUAGUGUC